AUGUCAGAGACUCGGGGGAUGGGCUAUCAUAAUGGCGAGAGAGCGAGCACUUAUAACGGCGAUGGGCGUUGUGACUCCUGCCACAUUCAGUCGCCUCACGAUACCAGUACGUUGAACCACGAGAGUGAGGUGAGCGAGGGCCCCGGACCUCUCUCCAUAGACACUUCAUCCGUUGAUUACGACUAUUUAUCAAGAUCUCCUCUGCUUGAACACGACCAUGGACUGAGCUCGUCUGGCUUGCCUCGCAUACGACAGUCAUCCAGAGCUCCUUCUCUCCCUUUUGCCUUGACCUCAUCGUCUACGAUACAGCCGCUAUCACAGCUACAAACAGAUAAAAAUAAGAGCAGAACUGCCGGACAAUCGACAUACCCGUCGGACGGCACAGUCUCACCUGGUGUCGAAGACCUCUAUCGAUUUCCGUCAGAGUCACUACAUUCCUUUUCGUUCGCGAAACAGUCGGACGACUUGUUGAACAAUCGACAGAAUCUCCUAAAGCGAUCUAUAGAAUUUCUGAGGGACCGAAUUGGGCUAUCUACAAACGAUUCGGGCCAGACUGAUGGUCCAGCACAGAUGAACGAUGAAAACGAGAUACAGUGGAUGAUGGAUAUACUCUCCCGGUCAAACCUGCUUGGAAGCUAUGAUGCAGCUAACAACUACUCUGUGGGACCGGUUACGGGACCGCCAGUCGCCGAAGGAGGCGGAAAUAUCUUCGACCGUGCCUUUGGAGCCUAUCAAACACAGAGUCCUGCGGAUAUUAGGUCUCCACAGGAUAGAUUUACUGGCAGGGAGCAGCAACAUCUGAGUCCAGUGACGUUAGAACGAUCAAUGCCUCGCACGAGGGGCAGGAAGUCGGCUCCUUCGUCAAGACGUGUGAGUUUGAAGCGGACAUUUACCGAUAUCGGCGCCUUGUCGCAGCACGGUAAGUCUAUGGGCGCCAUUACAGAGCCAUACUCCGCCGUUGAGUUCCAUUCGAACCGGAGUACCUCGUCCUUUGGGUUUGGAUGUAUGACCCCAACCAUGCACGUCCACCCCGGCAAAUCAACGCUUCCUACACAGGCUGUGUUCACCACUGAGACAAAGCCCAAGUGGACCAUACUUGCAGCCAACGAUCUUGCGUGUCUUAUAUUUGGCGUUACCCAGAGUGAAUUCAGGAAGAUAAGCAUUCUAGAUUUGAUUCAGCGGGAAAGACGAGACUGGCUGGCGUCGAAGCUUCAAGGUACACAGAUUCCGACGCCGGAAUCAGAAUACCGCCAUGAGGAAUUACCUCACAAGGCGGCUCCCGGUAAGCUCUUUGGCAUGAGAAGCGGCGUUACUGCACAGUUACUGAGCAAACCCCCAUCCCGAGUUACGCGCAAAGCAAAUGCCCUGAAUGUCUCCCCUUCUUCAAACGCUACAAGUGACUGUGGCAACGGCAACGGCAACGGUAACGGCAGCAACGGAACCAAGCAACCCAAGAACCCCAAUCAUUCAUCCAAGAAAUCGCGUGGGGUACUACUUUGCGGAGAAGUUGUCCCUAUUCAAAAGAGGAACGGCACUACGGGCUCUGCAAGCCUCUGGGUCAUGGAGAAGAGAGGAGGGCUGAUCUGGGUUGUCGAGGAGAUCACUGAACAUGCUGCUACCAUAGAUUUCGACGAUAGAGGCAGAGUUACCAGCAUCAACGGCGACACCGAACAAAUUUGGGACAGAAUGAUGAUUCAAAGGGGCUCUUCUAUUUUCAAUCUGCUACCUAACGUGCCCGAGCGGUUUCCCACCGGCUGCGGAAAGCCAGACUUCUCCAAGAUCAACGAACAAAGACACUUCACUGCCUUUGGUAACCGGGAGGACAGCAAUAUCCCGCUUACAUUGACGCCCGUCUCCGGAUCUCAUGCUUUCCGCAUAUCUUGCUUCCCUCAUAUCGCUGGCAUGAUGGUGCUCUGCGCCAAAACGCUUAAGAUCAUAAGCGCCAACUCAGCAUUCACCGCUACCUUGUUCGGCGAUCUCCAUACAGAAGGCUCUCAGAUUACGGACUUGUUGCCGCAUUUUGACGAAUUCCUCAGUAUUCUAAUCGAGCAGGACGACACUCCCCUUGUCGACGGCGUGGUUAUCUCAGAGCACGGAUUCCGAAGGGCCAGAUCAUUAUUCAUGAUGCGGCAUAGUCAAUCCAAACUGACCAUGACAGACCUGCGACCUGUGGGUCUGCCGGCACGCCACAAAGAUGGUUCGAAACUCACGGUUGACGUGCAGAUGCGGGUGGUCAAAAGCAAAUCCGCAUUACCGGAGAACAGCAAACCUACUGCUGGAUCCGAUCAGGGCAGUUCGUCCGAAGGCGAGAACAACGGUGGUACCGCCCGAGCUACAGAAGAUGUGUUCGCACUAUGGAUAUCCUAUUCUAGGCAGCUCCAUUCUCCUACGGAGGAUGACAUGCUCUGUUUACCCAACAAGUCGAGGAAAGUAUCUGAGAUUCCACCCAUAUCGCCAGGCCAGGUGUCUCCGGUCUUAUCACCGCGGAGAAUACCUCAGGUUGAGUCGCCGUCCGGAGAACCCUUGUCUCAGUCGUCUCUCUUGACGCAACAGUUGACGGAAGCCGCAUCUGAGCCCCUUGUUCCCCAGCCUUUGCAACGGGCAGCAGACGCCAGAGUAGCUAUACCUGCAAAUGACGAAGUCCCGACUAAGAAGAGCAUAUCUGACUAUGUGAUCCUGGAAGACAUGGGAGAAGGCGCAUACGGGCAAGUAAAACUGACACGGUCCAGACGAGACCCGUCCAAGAAGGUUGUCCUUAAAUACGUCACCAAGAACAGAAUCUUGGUAGACACUUGGACACGGGAUAGAGUCCUAGGCACUGUGCCGCUGGAAAUUCAUGUUCUAAACUUCCUCCGCCGUGAAGGUAACCGUCAUCCCAACAUUGUUGAGAUGGAAGAUUUCUUCGAAGAUGACGUCAACUACUAUAUUGAAAUGGUGCCACAUGGUCUUCCGGGCAUGGAUCUGUUCGAUUACGUCGAACUUCGCGCAAAUAUGGAGCAAGACGAAUGCCGAAAUAUUUUCCACCAGGUCGCCAGUGCCAUCGACCAUCUCCAUAAUAAGGCAUCUGUUGUCCACCGAGAUAUCAAGGAUGAGAACGUCAUUCUCGAUGGCGAGGGCAAGAUCAAGUUGAUUGACUUUGGAAGCGCAGCGUACAUUCGCAGCGGCCCAUUUGAUGUGUUUGUCGGUACUAUAGACUAUGCUGCCCCUGAAGUUCUGCAGGGGAAGCCGUACCUCGGCAAGGAACAAGAUGUCUGGGCCCUGGGAAUCCUCCUCUACACGAUAAUCUACAAGGAGAACCCAUUCUACAACAUCAACGAAAUUAUGGACCAUCCACUGCGUGUCCCCUUUUUACCUUUCACUGAUGACUGUCUUGAUCUGAUUCGCCGAAUGCUUGAUCGGAAUGUGCAGACAAGAAUAUCUAUCACUGAAGUAAUGAACCACCCCUGGAUGAAGCUGGCUACCAAUGUCAACGGCAGCAAGUAG